UUCUAAACAUGGAGUGUACCAGAUCGAAUCUCCCGUUCGAGAUCAAUCACGUUUUGGAAUCAAAGCCAUCUGGUUUCACGGGAGAGAGAUUGAGAUGAGAGAGAGGAGGAGACUUCCGUGUCUGACGCGUGUCUCAUAAGCGCCGGUGCUUCCUCUUCCUAAUUAAGCAACGGUUCUUCAUUUAAAAGGUUGGGAUUUCCUUGUGGUGGAUUCGAAUUUGGAACGUGGAAAAUGGCUAAGGAGUACAAGGAGGCGUUGUUGGAGAAGCACUACCACGAGGGAUGUCCUGGUUGCAAGGUGGAGAAGAUGAAGGAGGUCCGUCGAGGAUAUCCUUACCUGGAGCUCUCCUUCAUCUGGAUCGUAAUACUCUCCACAUCUCUUCCCAUUUCUUCAUUGUACCCCUUCCUCUAUUACAUGAUUGAAGACUUUGGUGUUGCCAAGACAGAGAAAGACAUUGGAUAUUAUGCUGGCUUUAUAGCGUGCGCAUUCAUGUUUGGACGAGCACUGACAUCAAUUUUCUGGGGAAUAAUGUCUGAUCGAUAUGGAAUAAAGCCUAUCAUUCUCUUGGGAACCGUCACAAUUGCUGUGUUCAAUGCUCUGUUUGGCAUGAGCACGAACAUAUGGAUGGCCAUUGCGACUAGGUUUAUGCUUGGCAGCUUUAACUGCCUUCUUGGAACCAUAAAGGCAUAUGCUACGGAGAUCUUCCGUGAAGAGUACCAAGCGACGGCAAUGUCAGCGGUCAGCACGGCUUGGGGAAUUGGCCUCAUCAUUGGCCCAGCUCUAGGAGGAUUUUUAGCACAGCCUGCAGACAAAUAUCCGAGUGUCUUCUCCAAAGAAUCCAUCUUUGGCAGGUUCCGUUAUGCCUUGCCUUGUUUUACGAUAUCAGCUUUCGCGCUGGUCGUGACAGCGCUGUGCUGUUUCAUCCCGGAAACACUGCACAAUCAUAAGCUGGACAACACUUCAGAUGAUGACUCAAUCGAAGUACUUGAAGCUGCAUCUCUUGAAUCUAUCGAGAAGACAGGAAACAACAAAAAGGGGUCUCUGUUGAAGAACUGGCCCCUCAUGUCAUCUAUCCUAGUCUAUUGCGUUUUGUGUCUGCAUGACACAGCGUAUUCUGAGAUAUUUGCUUUGUGGGCAAAUAGUCCUAGUAAGUACGGAGGUUUGGGAUACUCAACGAAUCAUGUUGGUACUAUUUUAACAGUCUCAGGUCUCGGCCUAUUUGCUUUUCAGGUCAUCCUUUAUCCAUCAGCCGAGAGACUGCUAGGAGCCGUGCUGCUCACCCGUUUAGCUGGGGCACUGAUGAUACCUGUUCAGUUGAGCUACCCCUUUAUAGCUCUUCUCUCAGGUGUCAGUAGAAGCAUACUAUUGAGCUUUGCUUCUAUCCUAGUCAAUGUAUUCAGCGUCUCCGCCAUAACCGGCAUGGUGAUUCUGCAAAACAGAGCCGUUGAUCAGCACCAGAGAGGUGCUGCCAACGGACUUGCGAUGACUUCCAUGUCACUCUUCAAAACCGUUGGACCAGUUGGUGCUGGAAUACUUUUUUCUUGGACCGAAGGGAGAAAAGAUAUUGUUUUCUUACCAGGACCCCACAUGCUCUUCUUCUUUCUUAACCUGAUGGUCAUUGUAGGAGUAUCUCUUACCUUCAAGCCCUUUCUGGUCACAGCUAGAAGGUGAACUUCAGUGAAAGUGGUGGUAGGAAGAUGUAUGGAUUCGUGGUUGCUUCCUUCCUUCCUUCCUUUUAGUUCUAGUUCUUUAUUUCCUUGUCUUGUCUGAUUGAAGUUAUCGGUUUGCUACUGUAAUCAGAUUUCUUUCGGUUAUCGUUUUGAUAUAAAUUUCUUUUGG